AUGGGCCUCUUAACAUAUUCUUUGGGUCUUUAUCUUUUCUACUUUGCCGCUAUCCUCGUAUACCGUUGCCUUUUCCACCCCCUCGUGCAUAUCCCCGGCCCAACCAUCGCAAGAGCGACGUAUCUAUACGAGUGGUACUAUGACCUAUAUCUCAGUGGCCAAUAUACAUUCAAGCUAAAAGAGCUUCAUAAGCGAUAUGGCCCCGUUAUCAGAAUUAAUCCCGAUGAGGUCCAUAUCGACGAUCCCGACUUUUUCGACGAAGUAUACAACCAAACUAAUGGCCGAGCUGAGAAACACCCGCAGGUUGCAGAGGCAUUUGACCCGUAUCCAGCAACAAUCGGCACUCAAUGGCAUGCUUUGCACCGCGUCAGAAGGAGUGCACUAAACUCUUUCUUUUCAAAGAAAGCUGUGAAUGAUUUGAUUCCUGCCAUGAAUCGUCCCAUUAGUAUACUGUGUGACCGUCUUUCUGACGCUAGCAGAAGCGGAGAGACUUUGAAUAUGAAGCAUAUCUUCGCUGCUGUGACUCUGGAUAUCAUGAACAACUAUUGCUUUUCGAGGGAACCUAAGAACAUCAUAAAGUCGGAUUUCGGUCGCAAGGGAUUUGACGAUGUGGACAGCUUCCUAGAAGCCAGUUUAUUGAAUAUUCACAUCCCCUGGCUCAUGCGUUUCAGCUACUCUCUGCCUGAUAGUGCCAAUAAGGUACUUGUACUAGCCAUGGCUGAUAUCCUUGAUUUCCGAAGGGACCUGUCCCGCCAGGUUGAAGAUAUUCGCCAUGGACGCGAUAGAUCCUACGAAAAGGCCGGGCAUCGGACUGUUUUCCAUGAGCUCCUGGAGAGCACAUUGCCACCGGACGAACUAAAGCGCGACAGGCUGCGGGAUGAAGCCUUCAGCCUGGUGACAGCCGGAUCAGGGACUACGGCAUACGUGCUUCGCGGAACUGCUUACUAUAUCGCCGCCAAUCCAUCCGUGCGGAAACAACUAUACCAUGAAUUAAAGGCAGCUAUUCCCGACCCUUUUAUUCAGCCUCCCCUUCAGGAACUCGACAAACUUCCCUAUCUGUCUGCCAUAGUCCAGGAAGGUCUUCGGCUCUGCAACCCAACCUUGACUUGCCAAGGAUACGUGGUCCCGGCAGGUACAACCGUCGGGAUGACCGCGUUCCUCACCCAUCAAAAUACGAGCAUAUUUCCCGAGCCAGAAGCCUUCCGACCGGGCAGAUGGCUAUCCGAAGACCGGAAGCGGCUUGAGCGAUAUCUAAUACCGUUUGACUUUGAUGUAUCCCAGGUGGAGAGAGCAAGAGACGUCGAGAUUAGCCGAGAUCAUAUUCUGGGUGCCCAGGCUCCGGACUCUGCGGGGAUUUUGGUUAAGGUCAAGACAUGUUAA